AUGGGAAGUGCUCUCGUGAGAUUCGCACCCUCUGCGAUCCAUUCUGUCGACGAUUACUUGUCAGCUCUCCCGGAGCUCCAGCGCGACCUCAAACUCGGCUCGACGCGAUUCCUGAAAACAGUGAAGGUUCGCGUCGCGGGCUGCGAAUACCCACUGGUCGCGAAAGUUUUCGUGAUACACGACGAAUCCCUGCCGCUCUCAUAUCACAAGAAGAAUAUCGACAAAAUUCGCAACGCUCUGGAGAACUGUCCGAAUGCGCUGCCUUUCGCCAAAGCAAUCAUAUUGGAGAAAUCGGCUAUACUCCUUCGUCAAUUCGUCAAGUAUUCUCUAUACGAUCGGAUCUCAACGCGACCGUUUCUACUACCGUCGGAGAAGAAAUGGAUCGCUUUCCAACUACUCUGUGGGCUAGCGCAGUGCCAUCGCGCCGAAGUCUGUCACGGCGAUAUCAAGCUCGCGAAUAUCUUGGUGACGGGGUGGAAUUGGGUGGUGCUCACCGAUUUCGCUUCGUUCAAACCGACUCUGCUCCCCAUGGACGACCCGGGUGAUUUCUCGUAUUUUUUCGACACGUCCAAAGGCCAGGUCUGCUGCGUAGCGCCGGAGAGGUUCUUCAAGGAACGGGUGCCGAGAGUGGAUGCCAUGGAAGAAUCCAGAGGAAGUCUUACACCCGCCAUGGAUAUAUUCUCUCUGGGCUGCGUAUUCAUAGAACUAUUCACCGAUAGGGGGAAGAGCCCAUUCAAACUGUCAGAUAUGUACAAAUACAUCGAAGCGAAAGAUGAGGUGCUCCCAACACAGCUGGAAGAUAUCGAAGACGAAGGAAUAAGAGAACUGUGCGCACAUAUGAUUCAAAGAGAUCCCAAGAGAAGAUUUUCGGCCGACGAGUACUUGGAGCUCGCUCGCAAGCAAGAGAUCUUCCCGUCAUGUUUCUACAAUGGUCUCCUUGACUACUUGAAAGUUUACGCUCUGGACACAGCUCAUCCGGAUUCUCAGAUUUCACGACUGUACAAAGACCAUGAGAUGUUUCUCCAAAAGAUCGCUGGAAGUGAAGACGGGGUUCUGGCUUUGGUUAACUUCAUAACGUCCAUGCUCCGCUCACUCAAGCAUUCAUCCGCAAAAAUGGUUGCUCUGAAAUUGAUGAGGAUCUGUGCGGAACGACUCAACCCGCAAGUCAUCCUCGAUAGACUGCUGCCUUUCAUGCUGAACAUGCUCUCGGAUCCUUGCGCCCUAGUCGUCGCCGAGGCUGUCCAUGUGCUGACCGAUAGCUUGAAUCACAUACAAAACGUCCCAAAAGCUGAUGCCUUCGUCUUCGUUGAAUAUAUACUCCCGGAACUGCAGAGAGUUUCGACUGACCACAAUACGAUCGUUAGGGUUGCUCUGGCAGCCAACAUCGGCUCACUCGCGGAGUCGGCUCUGAGGUUCUUGGAGACUAGUCACCUAGAUUUUACCGAGAGCGGAAAAGAAGACGUCGGGAGUCUGCUACAUUAUCGCACCUCGUACGAGCGGGAAUUGGAGGGUCUACACAACGCAAUGCAGAAUAUCGUUGCAACUCUCAUAUCCGAUAGCUGCAAUCAGGUCAAGAGGAUGCUCUUAGAGAAAGGUGCUACGCACUUAUGCGUGUUCUUCGGCCAAGAACGAGCUCACGACGUACUCCUGUCCCAUAUGGUCACGUUUCUGAACGAUUCAUCCGACCACGAGCUACGUAGCUCAUUCUUCGAAAGCGUCGCCGGCGUCGCUGCCUUCGUCGGAACGACAGUGACGCAAAUUCUGAUGCCCUUGAUUGAGCAAGGGUUCCGAGACAAUCAUGACGCAGUGGUUUGCAGUGCUUUAAAAUGCAUAACGGCUCUCACGGAGAUCCGCUUCUUCCGACCCACCACCUUAUGUGAUCUCUUCAGUCUUGCGGGCGGAUUGUUGGCGCACAGAAAUUCCUGGAUACGCGUUGAAGCAGCACAAUUCCUCGCUUGCGUCGCCAGGACGGUUCCGGUCUCUUUGAGAGAAUGUCGCCUGAGGGCCUAUCUCGCGCCCUACCUCGAAAGUCCCAUCACUCAAAUCGAAAAGGCCGAUGUGAUAAUCGCGCUCUCCAAAGAUGUCAAGAUCGACUCUCGUACCUCGACGGUCCCGACGAGGGACUCGGAACCCUGUAUAAAUUUCGAUGGGAAAAAAUGCAAACUCAUUUCUCUGAAGGAAACUGUCCCCAUCGACUCUGAUGAGAAUAUUCCCGACGACGAGCUCUGCGGAGCUUUGAAUCAACACCGGCAGCUACAGAGAUUAUUCGAGAAGAAGAAAAAGCUUGCGGGACAGCUCCACGUCGAAACGAACGAUGGGCACUUCUCGCAAGCGUGGAAACCGAAAGGUACACUCAUGGCCCAAAUGCAUGAGCAUCAGCGAUCAAUCAACAAGAUCUGUGCGAUGCCAGAAGCGAUGUUCGCCACCUGCUCGUCCGACGGUACCGUGAAGCUGUGGGACUGGGGCAAAAUCGAAAAAAGGGACAUGACCAAUAAGUCCUGUUUCACCUACAACCGUCUGACCGGCGAACUGGUCGCCAUGGAUUACUGCCAUCGCGAAAAAUCCCUCAUGGUCGCGAGCAACUCGGGCAACAUGGAAGUUUUUUGCGUCGCGCCCGAAGGGCCCAGAUCGACAAACAGCAGGUGUUUGGACCCUAUCGAAGACGGCUGGGCGGUCGAUAUCAAACCUCUUGACGGUACGGUCAUGGCGUACGCAUCACUCCAUGGCGGUAUUCACGGCUGGGACCUUCGAAUGCCGGAGCCACCGUUCAAGUUGAAGAAUGACACCUUGGUGGGCUUGAUGCAAUGCAUGGCCAUUGAUUCCUCGAAAUCAUGGCUCGUGACAGGGAGCUCGGAGGGAAUCAUCGUCUGUUGGGAUCUCCGUUUCCAGUUGCCCAUAACACGGUUCCAACAUCCUUUCAAGUGUCGGGUCUACAGUCUGGUAAUCCCGAAGCAUUCCAGCAUCGGCAGCGUUUGGGCAUCGCAUCUCGGCAACAAUGAAGUCUCCUUAUGGAAUCUUGAGAAUCAGCAGAGAUCCAAGACACUGUGGGCUUCCAGCAGCCCUCCGUUCAACGAUCGAAUAUUCAGUCGACACGUGAGCUACGCUGUCUGCCAGGCGGAUCAUUACCUGUACACCGGUGGAACCGACAUGAGGCUGCGCUGCUGGGACGUCGCGGAAAAUGCUCACGGUAGCUCAUAUCUGAUUUGCGGCUCAGCUCUGGAUGCGGACAGGAUCCAAGCAUCGUACAGUCACAAUUUAUGCGACGGGACCGAGGUGAUCCAAGAGACUCUUCGCAAACAUCCGUCGUCUGACGGACGAGCCGAAACACGCAUGGGCAGCCGAGCUGCUGCGGGUCAUCAUGACUGCAUCAGUCAACUGGGAUUGAUCAAAACUCAACGACACUUUCUCAUAUCGACAUCGAAGGACGGAGUUGUAAAGGUCUGGAAAUGAGACGACUGUGAUCCAAACUCAGAUUCAGUGGACGCCCCAGCCAACCUCGGAUCCGCGCUCAAUGGCAACCCGAAAAGAAGGAGCAAGCUCAAAUGUAUCAAUGAAGGGGAUGACCGAUAGGUAGGAAAAAGGAGAAAUCAUGUAAUAUUUGAUGGCGAUAACUUAAUUGGUCAUUGCUCCUCACCUUGCUGGAAGCAGAAGCCGAGAGGAGUUGGGAGCAUUCCCCAUUUGAGUAGAAGGGUGGAUUCCGCUCUCACUCAGCCAUGUGAUAAGUAUUCGGGAAGAUAUCAGCGCCGCCGUUUCUCCCUAUGUAUGAAGGUCCUCAUCGUGGUGCUGACUUUCCUG